AUGCAGCACUCUGGAAUUUCUGCCCCAACUUGUCACGCGAGGUAUGCCUCCAGCUACGUGGAGACGGUGUCCGAGAAGACCUUCCGAAUCAGGACCUACAGCACGGCGCUGAAAAAGCAUGUGAUGGUCAUGGAUUUGGUCAAGAGUAACUGGUUCCCAUCCCAGAGAAAAGCCAAGGUAUGCGUCAUUCACAUGUGCCAGGGCAUGAAGACGACCAAAAAGAUGAGCAGCAACUAUGAGAUCCACAGCCAACUGUUCUCAUCCCCCAAAGAGCACUCAGCGUGGGAAAGAAACGCACAACUCACAUACACAGGACUCCAGGCAAGCCCAUACAAUGAGAGAACUCAACUUUCACUUCGGAACCUUCAGCCUGAGGUUGCAGAGAAGACAUCAGACUUUGCCAAGGAGACUGUGGCAUCACGGAAAACAAAGAUGAUUUCAUCCCUCCUCAUUUCCCAGCUGAUCGAUGAGCGGAGAUUGCGGAAGAAUGCCCCAGCUCUGCCAGGGCAGUGCAUGAUGGUUCAGCCUGAGGUUCAUCCUAUGAACCUGUCUUUGGCUAGCCACAGUCCAGCUGACAUCGACCAAGCCUUUCUCUUGCUUCCUGGUAGAAUGGGAAUCAAAACAUCUGGCAAGGAGGCUGGAGCUGGGUCUAGCCUGCCUCUCAAAGAGGAAAAAACGGAUCCUAACCCAAGAAAAGGGUUUUCCUCCAUCACCAUCACAGCCAGACGGGUUGUUCCUCCGGCCAGUACCCUGAUGUGGGGUACUACCAUUGACCCUCUGUGUUCCAAGUGUGGGGCCAAAGAGAAAACAGAUUCGCCUGAUGAUCAGGAACCAGGACCUCACCACAGACUCUUAAAUGGUCACGGGAGCCUCACGAAUAGGUUGGCAACCUCAUUCAAGGCUUCUGAAUCACACGGGCAGUUGUGUGAAGGGCAUCCAUGCUGGAUCUUGAACCCUGAAAAUAAAGAGAAUGAGAUGAUCCCUCCAGCCAUCCCAAGUCAUGGGGAGAAAGUUCCCCUUCUGUUUAGCUCCUGUGUUCACCUGCGGGUGUCUCAGCCAUGUUCAAACACAGUCCAUUAUUUGGACAAAUCUCUUUCCAUACCCCUUGACCAACCUCCCAUCCCGGGCUCCAAAGUGCACAAGUCAGUUCUGUCCCUCAACCUAAGCUGUAGUUCUCAUGGACUAACAGCAGAUGGAGCAGAUCGCAUGACUAAUACAGAAGAGGAAGCGACGGAAGGCAAUCCACUGAGCCAGAAGCAUGCAGAGCAAAAGGAGAAGAGGUCCCCGAUGAGUUGGGGGGACACAGACUUCAAAGAGAGUUGUCUAAAGGAAAACCCAGCUUGGAAUGGAAUUUCUCUGGGGAAUUACCCAUGUCCUUGGAGCAGCACACCUCCCCUGGGAAACGCAGAGUACUCGGACCCUGGCGAAGUGGGCAAGAUGAAAGGAGAUAGUAUGGCGAUGUACCACACCAGAAGUCACCCCAAUAAGCUGGCCAUCCACAUCCCAGGCUGGAGCUAUGCAGCAGAAACAAAAGCAUUUUCUGGAAAUAUCAAGAUGCAACAAGGAGAACAGUGCAUGGCUUUAUCAGCAACCCUAGUGGGGCCCUCACCCAUAAACGAUUUUGUUCCUGAUGUUUCUGGCUCUCCAAAAGAUGAUUAUCAAUCUAGCAAGUCUUUGGAAUCACAAGAAAUUCAGCCACAGCAGUUUCUGAAAUCCAAAGUCCCCUUACCUGACUAUCUCUGUCCCUUAAAAGCUCUAUGUCCCUCUUCACAGGAAGACAUUGGGGUGCCAAUAAAAAGCCCUUUCCCCCCAGGGGAUUAUAGGUGCUGCGACCUGGUGGUGAAACUCAAAAAGUACCAGCAUCCCAUCAAAGAGGAGGAGAUGAUUCCGGACGCCCCGCCGGCCCCCUCCGAGCCCAUGAGCCCGCAGAAGCCAGACGUAGCCCAGGAGCAGGAUGUGUGUCCAGAGCCAGAGCUCAGUGUCUUUCCUGUCCACUCCCUGACCCUAAGGGAAGCCCUCGAGGUCUACAAACCGCAGUUCAUCUCUCGUUCGCAAGAGCGCCUGAGAAAACUGGAAAGCAUGGCCCAGCAGAGGAAAGCCCAAGGGUGCGAGACCCCCAGGAAGAAGCCAAGCCCGCUCCCCCUCCGGCCCACGAAGAAGAAGCAGUACACCAUCCCGCACCCCCUCAGCGAUAACUUGUUCAAGCCAAAGGAGAGAUGCAUUUCAGAGAAGGAGAUGCAUAUGAGAUCUAAGAGAAUCUAUAACAACUUGCCUGAAGUGAAAAAGAAGAAGGAAGAACAAAAGAAAAGAGUGAUUCUACAGAGUAACAGACUACGCGUAGAAGUCUUUAAAAAGCAACUACUGGAUCAGAUCCUUCAGAGGAGCAAAGAACGAUCUGCAAUACCCUACGGCCGCAACUCUGGGGAUCUGGAAUGACCUAAAAAAUUACAUAGCCAAUUAAAGUUAGCCUUAACUUCUUCAUCCAAAAACCUUGAUUUAACCUUGGGAUUUUUCACCGUGGAAGAAAUCUCCCCUGAUUUUGAAAGCAAGCAACAGCACCUACUUGUACCCAGAGGAAUGAUCGACGCAAAGAAAUAUCCCUUGUGCCCACGAGGCGCAGCCAGCUGUUUUCCCCUCAAUAUGUCACUGUUUGCUCCUGCAUUUCCUUCCAUUCUGACCUGGGAAGAUUCCAUGAUUUUUCUGGUGCAUAAAGAACCAGGGGGGCCUUGCUUUUUUUGUCUGAGUUAUUUUUAUUAACUUCUUAGCGACUAAAGUUGUCCUUUCCUAGAUCAGUGCCCACCUCCGCCUCCCCAAGCCUGCUCCUUCCCCGCCAUGUUUAAGAACCGUUCCGCAUAGCCCGAUGACAGAACGAUAGCAGCAGAAUUUGUCAAGGUGGGCUAACAUGGCCCCCAGGGAGCAGCCUAACCCAGUUGGGGGGUUCCCCCAGAGUCAACAUUUCAUUGGCCAUACUAUAGCCCCUACGCCUUAUCCCUCUGUCAUGACGACACACCUUGGUUGGGCCAAGUAUCUUUUUUGGCAGAUGAUCUGUGUACAGAAAUAGGCUGUGUGCAGCUAGGUGAGUCCAGUGUUUUCUAGCCCCGAAUGUGUUAUUCAAAAAAGGUCCUGAUGAAAUUGUAAUAUUGUCCUUCUGGACGUUGACGUUCUCCAUUAUUUAUACACGUCUAUUUUGGAA